UCAUUUUUAUCUAUGAUUGGUUAACUGUUUUCUUCUGUCUUGUCAUUCGUGAAGUGAAAAGAAGUGCGAAAAACGUUUAUAAAUUGUUCUUCGAAGAUUUUCGCAAAAUGUCUCUAUUUGGAGAUUUCGAUAUGCUGGAAAAUGAUCCCUUCUUCGGGUCUCAUAUGCGUACUAUGAGACAGAUGAAUUCUAUGGUUAAUUCAUUACUUGCCGAUCCCUUUGGUGAUAUGAUGGGUGGAUUCGGCAACUUCAUGUCGCCAAGACAAUACAGACCGAACAUGUUUAACUCGAUGGUGCCCAUGAUGCCAAAUUUUAACAGACUUCUGAACGAUAAUAUGGUCAAUAACGCGUUCAGUAGCAGCAGUAGUACCAUAGUCAGUAUGACUUCAGGACCAGAUGGCCGUCCUCAAGUCUAUAAAGCAACUUCCAGUACCCGCUGUGGACCAGGAGGUAUAAAAGAGACUCAACGGACAGUGACUGAUUCUAUGACUGGUACAAAAAAGAUGGCAAUAGGACAUCAUAUUGGGGAAAGGGCUCACAUAAUUGAAAAGGAACAAAAUUUGCACACAGGGGAAAGGGAAGAGAGGGAGGAAUUGAUCAAUUUAGAUGAUGAUGAGAAAGAAGAAUUCAAUAACGAAUGGGAAACAAAAGCUAGACCUGUGCGUUCUGAAGCUCGUAGAAUAGCGGGUUCUAGUAGAACCAAGCACCCUUAUGGAGGCCACACAUCUUCUUUACCUGCCAUCACAGCUGGACCAAGUAGAAUACGCCAGGCUAGUCCCCAGCUGGUAACCUCAAGAAGGAGUAUUAGGGCAUCACCUCUGACAGUUAGUGGUAGUAGCACAAUGAACAAGCCAUAUUCUCCCAUAGGGACGACUCCUGCGCGUAAAAGCAGGAACAUCAAAACGGUGAGCGGCUCCCCCCCGCCGGCGGACAUGUAAAGCUCAACCGAUGUGUGAGUUUAGGACGUGUAGGUAUUCUCAGAAUUGUACCUUUUGAAUUGAAUUUGUUUUUGUAUUGAAUGUUGAAAGGGAAGUAAUGUAUGUUUUGCCAAUUGAUUAAGAGAUUGAAAAUCGUGAAUGUCAGUUCAUAGAUUGAAAAUAAUUAUGGUAGAUUAUGAUGAUUCCCCCAAUUGAAUUGUCAAUAUGUUGUGUUCUUCAUGUCCUCUCUCUCGAUUAGAAUCUAAUGUUUGAGUUAAGAAUCACUAGAUUGCAGUCAGAAAAGGUUCAAAUUUAUUUUAAGACCACAAGCCAGUUUUAAAUCGCUUCAUAGGUGGUCAUUCAGUAAAUAUCCUUGAUAUGUCGAUAGUGAGGUGAAAUCAAAACGUUUUAUUAAACUGUUGUCAGGCACAAAUAUAUUCCAAUCAAUUGACUAUUAGUAAUAGCACUUACUACUAUAUAUUUAUGAAUAGAAUCAUUGGUUUGUAAUUUGAGAAAAUAUAACUUGUUUCCUCAAUAUAUUAUUUUUGUGGAGAUGCAAAUUUUUCUGUGAUUUGUAUCGUUAUUUUAUAGGAUUAUUUUUUCAGCUCGCUUGCAAGUUACGAAAUUCUACUAGAAUUUUUUAUGAAUUUGAAAGGUAUGGAUAUGAAAUCAGAAUUAUCUUCAUAUCGUCCAGUUGGUUUCGAUUAUUUAUCCGACAAUUUGUAAAUAUUACGUUUUAAUUUAUUUUUUAUGGAAUAAAUGGAAGGAAGUA